AUGGCGUGGGACCAGCACGCCCGGCCCCCCUUUUGUCAGCUCGGAGGGUCGCCUUCCCUGCUGCUGUGUUAUUCCAGAACCGCCUGGAGUCAGCUGAUAGAGGCCACCACAGAACCUCCCAAAAAGAAGCCGGACCCGGUCACAUCGGAGACCGUCGUGAUCUGGGGUUUGCGUCUCUGGCAGGUGGUUGGAAUCUUUGCCAUAUUCGUCCUGAGCAUAAUCAUCACCCUGUGCUGUAUCUUCAAAUGUCGCAUCCCCAGGACCAAGAAGGAGAUUGAGGCCCGAUACGCCAAACGCCAGGCGGCCAAGACGUACGCUGACAAGCUGGAUGGGGUGCCACCACUCAACGAACUGACUGAGAUCCCAGGAGGCUCCACUGAAAGCCUCCAGACUCUCUCUGGUCAACUCGAACGACGCCCGCUGACCACUUUGCCGGCGGUGAAAGAGGAAGAGGAAGUAGCCCUGCAGGGCCACUAGGGGGCGUGCUCCACCUACUUUC